AUGCGGUACUUGUCAGAUGAUUCCCUGGCCCUCUUGGACGUUGCUCCUGCAGUGAAAGAGCUGAGCGUGCUCGAUAUGUGCUGUGGCGGCGGUGUGCAGGGCCUGUCUGCCUUGCGUCGUGGUGCCCGAGAUGUGACCUUCGUAGACGUGAAUCCCCGUGCCAUCCACUUCGUGCACUUCAACUUGGCCAUAAACGGCCUUGACACGGAACGCUGCCGCUUGCACCUGGGAAAUACCUUCGACGCCCUACCUGCCGCAGAGGAGAAGUUCGACCUCAUCUUGUCCAAUCCGCCUUUCUUGCCCAACCCGGACAACAUCGCAUCACAGGCUGUCGCUGCCUACGGCAAUGGUGGCGCUUCAGGAGAGGAGGUGCUUGAGACCAUCGUGGCCGGCUGCCCGAAUUGGCUGAAGCCAGGCGGCCGGUUGUGGCUUGUGACCUACGCGCCGAAUAUCGAGGAGAUGCCUCAGCGUCUCCAGCGCUACCUCGGAAGCCAACCAGCCGAUGUCACAGUGGCCGGUGGUGCAUUGAAGGAUGCCCGGGACUUUGUGCCAGCUGCGAGCCAGGUGGAGCUCAUCUGCUACCAGUGGGCCUUGUCCAAGCAGGGCAUCCGCAACUUGGCCCACGCGCUCGCAUUGCUGGAGCUGCGCGAUGCCGGCUCGGAGAGCUCCGCGAGGAGUCGCUACCACAAGGAUCACCAUGCCAUGUCGUCCUUGGUUCAUCUUUCUCCAGAUCUCCAGGAUCGAGUCCUGACGUACAUUGACAAUACAAAGGUCUACUUCAUGAAUGCCCGGUCGAAAUCUGGCUACUUCGUCUCGGCUUGUGAUAAAGCCAGGAGGGGUGCCCUCGAUGAGAAAGGGAUUGGAGCUGUCGAUCCCUGGAAGGACCAUCUUCUCUCCAUUGCUCGGCCGCAAGUUCGUCCAAUCGAUCUCGUCCCAGAGGCAGAGUGGCUCGAACGCUUCCCAGAUGCGUUGGAGUUCAUCAUUGGUGUCCCUGCUGAUGAGAAAGUUCAAGUCUCUUACAUCCGCUUGUCGCUUCUGUUGAGCCACACCAUCGCUUCCGUCAAGAAGAAGCUUGCGGACAUAGGGAUCCGCAUUCCGAUCCCCAAGAUGCGGCUCCGUGAGGCGCGUGUGGGCUUCAUGGCAGACGAGAGGACGGGGAACCGUUUGGAUGGCCUCCGGACGCCGCAGACCGCAGUGGAGCUCGCCGGCACCAACGACUACGAGCUCCUCUGCAUGAGGCUUUCCGCUAGCCGCUGGAAGCCCAUAGAGAGCUUGGAUAGCACCUGCAUCCACACCUGGGGCGACCUGCGUGCGAGCCUGGAGGAGCUGGUCGGGUACCGCGGAGGCUCUAGCAGAUUGGGCGUGGUCCAUCUUUUCAUCCUGUACAGGGAUGAGGAGCCCGUGCUGAUCAAAGUUGGGAAAGUGGCGUGGUCGCUACUCUUCAGCGACACCUCCAUUCCCUUGUCCGCCUUGUCCAUUAUGUUGAACGAUUACCGGCUCAGUUUCUCUGGGUUCGAUGCGGCACACUACAGAUAG